AUGAACAUACCUCCAGCUCUCAACCUUCAGAGUAUGCAGGAUGCAGCGGCUGCCGACACAAGCGCUGCGUAUUGGAGAGCCGCAGCUGCAGCCGCUGCUGCCGCGGCUGCAGCGUCGUACCUUCCGCAUGGUCACGGCAACGCGCACGUGGCGUCUCAGGGGCCUGGUGCUGUGGGAAUGGCCAUGCACGCGCCCAACUUCCUCAUGCCCCAAGCUUCCGCCAAUCACAUCCGGUCGCCUGCGCCGAACGCUAUUGCUGCGGGGACCAUGGCUGGCCUCGCCUUCUCCUCUUCCGCCGCCGCCGCCGCCGCCGCUGCGUCCGCUGGCGCGGCGAUGAUGCAGAACUCGCUGUCGAUGCACGCGCGCUUCUUCCCGUCCCUCCACCCGCACGCGGGCCUGACGCAGCACCAUCAGCUGCACCAGCUGCAGGCCGGGAUUCCCGGCAUGGCGACACCGCAGGUGGUGCUGGGAGCGCAUUCUCAGGCGUCCUUGCCGCACAUGGGGUUGCUCCCCGCCCAGCAGAUGGCGAUGCACGGGCAGCCCGGCAUGCUCCCUGGCCUGCCGCUCGCCUCCGACCCCAACUACCUCGCCGCGCACCACCUGGCCCAGCAGCAACAGCAGCAGCAACUGCAGCUUCAGCACGAGCAGCAGCAACAACAACAGCAAGUCGCGGCCCUGACUCCCGUUCCGCCUCCGCCUUCGGUUCUACUGGGAGGCGCGCACAAGGCGCACAUGCAGGAGACGCAGAUUCAGAAGCAGCACGAAGCCCUUCCAGCGCAGCUGCAGCAGGUGCAGGGGUCGCAGCAACAGGAGCAACAAGCGGGCGACGCCACCAAAGGACCAGCCAACGGAGAGUGGGGCGGCAACGACGGCGACCUCGCAACCAAGGUGCGGAAGCCGUACACGAUAACGAAGCAGAGGGAGCGGUGGACGGAGGACGAGCACAACAAGUUCCUGGAAGCGCUCAAGCUCUACGGCCGCGCCUGGCGCCGCAUCGAAGAGCACAUCGGCAGCAAGACCGCCGUGCAAAUCCGCAGUCACGCGCAGAAGUUCUUUACCAAGUUGGAGCGCGACGGCACCUCCGCCGCCACGUCGCAGAUGGACAUCGAGAUCCCCCCGCCGCGCCCGAAGCGCAAGCCCGCGCACCCGUACCCGCGGAAGGCGGGUUCCGCCAGCAGCUCGCAGCCGCAGGCGCCACAGAGGCAGAACAGCCAGCACAGCCUGUCCAAGGCGCUACAGCAGGCGUCACCGCCGCUGCUGCCCCCUCCUCCUGCCCCUCCCAAGGCUCUUCUCCCCUGCAUGAAGCAGCUCCAGCUGCCACAGCCGCCACCGCCGCCGCCUCAACCAAAGCAACGUGUGCAGCCGAACCAAGCGGCAGCAGCGCAGCAGCAGGCGGUAGCGCGCGAGAAGGGUAAGCACAAGGCCCGGCAGGCAACCUCCCAGCAGCGCGCCGAGGCAGAGGAAUCAGAGCCGCAGCAGCAGCAGCAGCAGCAGCAGGCGCGGUCGAGCAGGCAGGUGUCGCAGGGUCUGAGCUCGCAGCGCACGCAGUCGCAGACGUCGCGCUCCGCGCUACCCGUGUCGUCCGACCAGUCGUGCGGCAACCAGCGCGCCGACGACGGCCUCGACUCCAAGUACGUCUCGCCCGUCCCCGCCGCCGCCGCCGCCGCCGCCGCCGCCGCCGCCGCCGCCGCCGCCGCCGCCGCCGCCGCGCCGCAGAGCUACGUCAAGGCGGAGGCCCAUGCGCUGCCCGCCGUCGUCACGUCCCCCUCGCUGCUCGCCCCUCAGCGCGACGGUGCGCGCGGCGACGCGUGCGGGUCGCCGUACUCGUCGCCGCCGACGGAGGGCGACAGCGGCGCGCGGCAGUCGCCUGACCAGCGCAGCACGCUGAAGCUCUUCGGUAAAACGCUCGCCACUCCCCCCGCCAUGCCUCCGCCUCCCCUACCCCCCGCUGUGCCACUGGCAACCUUGCCGCCCCCCGCUCCCCAAGGCACCAGCCCUCUUGCCAAUGCACCGGGUGCCGCUGGUGCUGCACCUGCUGCCUCGGCGUCUCCCGACGGCAGCCCUGCGCGCUCGCCGCCGCUCCACCCGCCGCUGCUCUCCCUUGCAACGCCCCCCGCCGAUCUUGCUCCGCCCUCUGGCGCGCAGCACUGGCGUCUCAAGCACUCAGCGGGUGAAGGCGGCGCAGGGGACACACAAAAGGCGGAAUACAAGGAGCAAGAGGAGGAGGAGGAGGAGAAGGAGGAAGAGGACGACGGGGAGGAGGAGGAUGAGGGGGAGGAGGAGGCGGAAGACCGUGCGCCGAUGGUAACGCGGUCGCUGUCGCUUCCAGAGCCUCCAAGUGCCGCCGGCCUCGCGGAGGACUCGCAGGGGCUGUGCCUCUCAGAGAGGCCGCACGCCGCACCACCGGCGCACGGGGAGCGGAUGGCGGAGGCAGGUGCAAGAGGCCGCGCGGAGCACCGGGGAAUAGCGGCAGCGCAGCGCGCGAUGCGGUCGUUGAGCGUGACGGGGCACGACGUGUCCACGUCAGCGUGCGGCAGCUUCUCAGAGCGCUCCGUGGUGCUCGAGUCGGGCCUCUCCGUCGAGCCCCUCCCCGCCGCCGCCCCGCUGCCGCCACCCGCGCCGCAGCGCGCGGACCGCGGAGGGGCAGCACCGGCAACGGCAGCAGACGGUUCGCGCGAUGCUGCGUGCGCCUCUCCCGGCCCCGUUGCUGGGGUCCACGGCCACGCGGAGGGCGGCGAUGCAGUGCGCGCUGGUGCCGCAGCCACUGGAGCAAGCCUGCCGUACAUAAACCAGCUGUUCGCUUUCCCUGCCGCCCCCCCCGCCCUCAACCCCACCGCCAACGCAGCAGCAGGCACAGCCGCAGCAGGUGCAGCAGGUGGAGCAGCAGACGCUGCUGCCAGUGCUGCGGGGCUCAGUCCGCCGCAGGUGGAGAAGACGGCAGGUCCCGUAGAGGCGGGAAGAGGAGAGGGGGAAGCAGGGGCGGCAGCAGGCGAGGCAAAUGAAGGGGCAGGCGGGGCUGCAAUGGAGGGUGGUGUGGCGAGUCCCACACAGGGGGCGUCAGGGCCAGGCGUGGCCAUGGCGACACAGUGGUCGCCGUCUCUCAUGUCAUCCAUGGCUGGCCUCUCCAUGCUCAACGCCGCCGCGGCCGCUGCGGCUGCCUCCGCCGCCUCUGCCGCCGGUGCAACCACAGCCGCCGCUCCCCAUCGCCCCCCCUUUGACUACGCCGCCGCCGCUGCUGCUUCAGCGCGCGGUUCUACCACUUUCCAGGAAGCAGCAGCGUCAGCUCAGAUGGCCGCAGCUGCUGCUAUGGGCCUGCAGUUUCCUGGUUGCUUCAUGCCAGGGAGCGAGGAGGCGGUGCAGCAGCAGCAGAUGCUGUUCCCGGCGCCCUUCCCCUUCGUGGACUUCCACUCGCCUGGCUUCCAUCCCAUGCACCACCCGGGCUACCUGCUCUCGCCCUACCGUGCACCUGUGCCGCACCCGCACUCAGUGGCGGCGUUCCAGACGUUUGACUCGUACCUGCGCAUCUACGGUCCUGCCUUCGCCUCCAUGGGCGCCUCCUCCUUCGCCGCCUGGCACGCCCCCCGCGCGCAGCAGCAGCAGCAGCAGCAGCAGCAGCAGCAACCGGGCCCUCCGCAGCUGCUGCCUGGCACUCACAGUGCUGCGGCCGCCGCCACAGCGGCUGCGUCUGCUGGUAUGUGGCCCAAUCUACCUGGUAUGGCAGCAGGCUCUGCGCCGUUCCUCGCAGCUCCAGCUCCAGCAGGUGGGGUGGGGAGCCCUGCCAAGGCUGUGGAAGCAGGGGCGGCAGGCGCGACAGGAGCAGUUGCACCUGCACCUGCAAUGACACCUGCUGCCGGAGAGGGAACGAGCGCUGCUGCUGCUGCUGCUGUCCCGGUCGCCGCCAGCGCCACCCCAGUGGAUGCGCAACUCGCGUCGCCGCCAGCGCCCCCGCGCACGCUGUCCGCGGGCGACGACCCCGCAGCAGCCGCCAUGGCCGUGACCAUGGCGGCGGCGUCCGCGUGGUGGGCGCUGCAGGGCUCCAUGCCGCCCGGCGUCUUCCUCCCCAUGUCGCCCGCGCAGGCCUUCCGCCCCCCCUUCAACGCCAUUCCACCUCUCCCUGCUGGCGCCGCGGCCGCCGCUGCGAUGCAGAUUGGUUGGCCGGGCGCAGGGGAGGGGGAAGCAGGAGGUAACGGUGAAGGCGCGGGGACUGACGCGGCAGGUGCGGCUGGUGGUGGUCCUGGUGGCGCUGCUGCCGCUGCAGAGGCAGGCUUUGCCAACGCCACAUUUGCAGCACCCGAGCAGCAACAGCAGCAGCUACAGCAGCAGCAGGAGGAAGCGCAGCAGCAACAUGAGAUGGGGGGAGCGGUGGAGACGGGGGAUGACGGCGGCGAGGGGUCGUCGGGCAAGGCAAUUCCCGAGGGCGCGCAGGGCAAGGCGGAGGCGAACGACACGGCGUACAGCGCGUCGCAGAGCCAGGGCGGCGACGACGCCCUCGGCGAUAACGACGGCGACGAUGCGCGCGCGGACGAGGAGGAGGAAGAGGAGGAGGAGGAAGAGGAGGAGGAGGAGGAGGUGGGCGGAGAGGCGGGGGAGGGGGAGGAAGAGGGGGGGUUCGUGGCGCUGGUGCGGAGCAGCGAGGUGGAGGGGCAGGACGAGCUGCGCCUCAUGGCCAGCGAGCGAGAGGCGCUCGCCGCCAUGCUGCAAGGCGUCAACGCUGACGUGGAUGCUGACGUGGAUGCUGAUGUGGAUGCUGACGUGGACGUUCAGGAGUCUCAGCAGACGGUGGUGGGGUCGUCGGCGCCGACAGGAGCCAGCAAGGCGCUGGACUCGAGCACGGGCGCGGCGCAGGGCGGGAGGCGCGCGUCGUGGCACGGGCAGGGGCAGGGGGACGUGCGGGAGGUGGGGAAGACGAGGAGUGCAGGGGAUGCAAGGCCGCUCGCACACGGGCACCGAUUACAGCAGCACGCAGGGCAGCACAGGGGCGGGGCAGGGGGCAGUGAGGGCGGGCAGGGGAGGAGUCCUGGAGAGGGCGGCAUGGGGCCGUGCACUGACUCGUCGCCCUCUGUGUGGGCCUCCAACUCCACCCCGCCCCACCACGCCCACGCGCCCCGACACACCGCCAACGCGGCGGCUGACGAGGCGAGCGCGAAGAUGAGCGCGUGCGGGCCUGGUAUGGGCGGGGAAGGAGCGGGGUCCGGUGGGGGGGAGGGCAGUGGCGGGGAUGGGAACGAGGGGGGCACCGAGGGGCUGGUUGGAGGAGGAGAGGGGAGAGUUGCUGGUGUGGAAGGCGAGGGGGCCAAAGCAGGGGGAGGCGAGGGAGCGGGAGGGAAAGAGGGCGUGGGAAUGGCGGGGGAGAACGAGGGACCGCGGAGGAAGCGACUGCGCGGUCAUUCCGUGAGUGGUAGCAACACUCCACCUCCCACUACCAGACAAACUCUGCCCUCCGGAGACACGCCUGUGCCGGCCGAAGGUGGCGCAGGGGAGGCAGCAGCGGCGGGAGAGGGAGCAGAGCAGCAAGGGGACGUGCGUGCCACCCCGUCGUCCUCAGGCAGUCGCGGGCAGAACGGCAACGGCGAUGGCAGUGGCAGCGGCACGAAGCACGAGGGCGGAGGGGGGCCCGAGGGGUCAGGGGAGAACGGACCAAGCUCCAACUCGUCUGAAUGCGGCAACGAGGCGGGCAGAGAGCGCCUGGGCGGGUCCAGUGAUGGCGGCACGAGUGAGAGGGAGGCGUGCAAGCGGCGUGAGAGGGACGUGUCUGAGGAGGGUGCGACUGCCAAGAGCGCCGUGAAUCGCCUACCUGACGGCGAGGCGGGUGGGGAGAGCGAUGGGAAGGACGUGGAGGGCAAGGAGGAGUUGAAUGCGGGGUGUGGCGAGGAGGAGGAGGAGGAAAAGGAGGAUGAGAACAAUGAAGAGGCAGGUGCUGAGGGGCAAGCGAUGGAGGCGGAGGGGGCAGAGGAGGAGGGGCAGGCGGGUGAGAUGGAGAGAGGUGGUGCGGUUGAGGAGAGGAGCGCCAAGCGGAGGAAGGUGGUGGCAGCGGGUGCAGGCGAGGAGGGGUGUUCGCGAGUGGUGGGUGGGGCGCCGCAGGGCAGCAGUGCGCCCACUGCUGGCAGCAGGUCGCACACGCCCCUCAGCCUCUCCACCCCGCAUGCCCUGCUGCUGGGGCUGGACGCCCAUCAUGCAGUCACGCGUGCUGAGGGCCAGCAGCACAAGGAGGGCGGCGGCGACACCAACGCUGCUGACGGUCUAGAGCAGCUGCAGCUGCAGCUGCUGGGGAAGAAACGCAUGGGGGCGGCAAGAGGAGCAAGCGGUGGUGGGCGCAAGGGCGAGGAGGGCGAGGAGGGGUCGCUGAAUGAAGCGAGGGGCAGUGCUGCUCGGCCUGGGCGCACGGAGACGUCUCAAGUGGUGGGCGCUGGCAGGCGCGAGCUGAGAGGCGACGGCCAUAAGGGGGAGAGCAGUGAUGGGGGGGAAGAAGAGGGGAGGGAGGCUGGGGGUGGAGGAAGGGGAGGGAAUAGCGGUGGUGGCGAGGGCGAUGCGAUGGUGAAUGAAGAGAGAAAAUCAGCUGCCUUGCUGCAGGCUGACACCCGGCACCCAUGGAACACUGAGAGCACUGCGGGAGUGGAGGUGCAGCGCAGGGAGCAAGGGCAGGGCGUCAUAUCGGCGCGGCUGGUGCACGGUGUGGGUGGUGAUGAGGCGAACAAGCACGGCGAGUGGAAGCGGGGGAGGAAGCAGAAUAACCACCGCUUCCAGCCGUACAGCCCCCGCAAGGAGCGCACCGAGCACCGCAGUGCCCCCGCCCAUGGCGCCACUGCUGCUGGCCCACCCCCCACUGAGGCCAAGGGUGACAUGGGGGAAGGGGAGGGCAAGCAGAUGCAGCAGGCCUGA